AUGGACAUCUACACAGCAAGUCUUACUGUCCACGUUCUUCUGCUGCUUGCAGCUGGAUACUGGAAAACGUUUCAAGACAGCAAAGAUAUACUAGUUGUGCAGAGUCUCAACGAGCGUGAGAUUGAGCUGCUUGACGAUGAGAUCCACGACAUCGACCGCGAGACAACAGCAGAUCGCUAUCACGACUUUCGACUCCAGUUCUUGUCGGUGUAUGGGUUCGCCGUUGCAGCAGACUGGCUUCAGGGUUCCUUCAUGUACAGCGUCUAUAAACACAGGUACGAACUACCUGAGCCCACGAUUGCAAUGCUCUUCGCCACGGGUUUCCUGUGUGGCGGUAUCAGUGCAACAUUCGUGGGCAGCCUGGCCGACAGAAUCCUGGGUGGUGUCAGCACGACUUUAUUGUGCACCGUCUUUGAAGCGUGGAUGGUGGAGAACAGAGGCACGCAAAAGCCGGUCGAGAACUCGCCCUCGGCCCCUGGAUUGGCGACCCACGCGAAAUCGAGGACACUCUUCGCUCUCGGCAUGACGAUAUGCUUCCUCGAAGGUUCCAUGUAUAUCAUGGUAUACUCGUGGUCGCAGGCUCUUACCUCAGCCCGGGACUUGGCCUUUGAAUGGGCCAGAGGCAAGCCCCCCUUUGGUCUUAUCUUCGCCAACUUUAUGUGCGAGGGGCCGCGUUUCUGGGCGUUUUGCGGCUUUGAGCUCUGUCUCGGGAUAUACUUUCCCGCCAUGGCAUAUCUCAAGGGUAGCCUUGUGAGCGACGCACAAAGGGCAAAGGUGUACGGGCUCAUGAGGGUGCCGUUGAAUGCGUUGACUGUGAUGGCUCUCGCUACUAUUGAAGAGGGUGACGCUAGCCGCGAGAACCGUUUCAUGUUCUACAGCGGGAUGCUUAUACUUUCAGUGGGUGUCAUGGCCGCAUAUAUGCCCCGGUGA